CACCAGCAGAUCCACACUGGGGAGAGGCCCUACGAGUGUGGGGAAUGUGGGAAGGGCUUCAGCUGCAGCUCUCAACUGAUCCGCCACCAGCGCAUCCACACUGGGGAGAGGCCCUACGAGUGUGGGGAAUGUGGGAAGACCUUCAGUCAGAGCUCCAACCUCGUUUCCCACCAGCGGAUCCACAAUGGGGAGAGGCCCUAUGAGUGUCCUGAGUGUGGGAAGUGGUUUAAGAGCAGCUCCAAUCUCCUCCUGCACCAGCCGAUUCACACAGAUGAGAGGCCCUUCCGCUGCCCUGACUGUGGGAAGGGCUUCAAGCGAAACUCCAACCUCGUCACCCACCAGCGCAUCCACACUGGGGAGAGGCCCUACGAGUGUCCCCAGUGUGGGAAAAGCUUCUCCAGGAGCUCUCACUUGACCCGACACCGACGGAGGCACCGGUAAGGGAAGCCCUGUGAGUGCCCUGAGUGCAGGAAAUGGUUCUCAUCUGCUGCUCCAGCUUCAUCCUCCAUUACAGGACCCAGUUUGGGAAGAGCCCUGGUGACCCACAUUCCCAAUGAUCCACAUUAGGAAGACACUGGACCCUUUCGCUGCCCCUGGGACUGAUGUGAGGUGGGAUGGAAGAGCAUGAGGGUCUGGCCAUGCUCCUGUCAUUAUAUCUGAUCCUACCUCAGGUCAUUGCCAGGGACAGAGAAGGGGAGUCCCUCUCUCUCCUGAGGGAAGAAGGGUGUUCUUUCAGGGCAGGAGAAAACAGAGGAGCCCAUUGGUGCUGUUGCAGUUUUCCCUGUAAAUUGUUUGUUGUUAUCCAUUCUGUUAUCAAUAUUGUUGCUGUUCCUGUUGGUUCCUUAUCUCGUUGCUGUUCCCAGUGAAUUCUUCUUAU